CUGUUUUCAAAAGCAGAAUCUAAGGAAAGCAGGGUGGACCCGGGAGUACAAUUUCUGGGCAUGCUAAAAAGCAAGAAUACCGAAGACCUUUUCAGUGAUGCAUGCAGCAGCUUAUCCAGUUUAUUAGAGAAUGAGAAACUGUUUACUACUAGUUUUGAAGACAGUAGUACAGACAUUGAUGAAGAGGAGCUACGUCAUGGCUUGGAAGCCUACUUCAAGCAGUUGGUACCACCUGAAAUGCAGAGAGGGCCCACAGAAGGGCACGAGAUGCCAGAUCCUGAAGUACUUGGGAUGUCAUUAAAUUUGGAUCCAUUUUGUCAGGAAAACUUUCGGAUGCCUGCUAUCCGUUUAGCUGCAGCAGGAAUGGACUCUGCUUCUGUAAGUGAAGAUGAAGAUACAGAUCUAGAAGUUAGACUGAGGACUUCACCUGACAUGUGCUGUCUGCCGCCCAAAUCAGGGACGCAGUUGACUGAAGACUGUGAUCAUUCUAGUUUGAGACCUGGGCUAGAAGGAGGUAGUUCUGAUGAAGGUAAUGGAACUGGAUCACGAAAUCAUCGUAGCAGUGGUGGUACUGUGCGGAGAAGAUCAGCUGAAGGGCAAGUUAUUAGUUCCCUUGUAACAGGGGACUGUGGUGGUGAUGGCAGUGGGAGCGAAGAAGAUGGAAGUAUAGGAGGGACCACGCAGUAUUUGUCCUUCUCUGCUGAUCCACAGUCAUCCUUUACUGUACACGAUCUUGGCAAUGCUGACAGGAAGAUUGUUGGUGAAGAAAAUGGAGAUCUUGAAACUCCUAGAACAAAUAGGGAAUCUGUUCCUGGUCAUCAAGAGGGUUCUUUGGAUGAUACUUCUGUACAGAAUGGGCUUUCUGAUAAAAUGAAGCUGGAUUCUUUAUAUUUUCAAAAAGGUGCAAAUAAUUGGACACUUUCAGAACAGACUGAUGCAAGUCUUCCUCCAGUAUGUCAACCAAGCUUCAGUCUGUCACAGAUUUUGCCUUCCGGUAAUGGACAUGAACCAAGCUUAAGAGCUGCAGCUUGUGGUUUUGCUGAGAUACGUAAUGCAGGUAAAAAUUGUGGCGUGUGGGAUAAUGCUGAGGCUGGCCUGGCAGCUAUUUAUCUUUCUCCAUCACGUCAAAGUGAGAAUGCCACAGAUGGGUAUGACUCAGUCGAACAGCAGCAGCCUUCUGAGGAAAAAGUGACUUGGAGUCUUGAGCAGUUGGAAACUGAUAAUUCAUCAUCUCAUGUGGUUUACCAAAAUGAAAAAGGGAAAUGGGUAACAGAUUUAGCAUAUUAUACUUCAUUUGACAAGUAUGUGCGGUCUGAUUUACCUGAUGAUAUGAUUCUUCAACUGCAAGAAGAGGAAUUUAUAGGUGGUGCUGAUGCUGCAGCAUUAAUUGCAGAAGAUGAAGAUGAAUUCAGAAAGGAGCAUGUAUUUAUUCAGGAGGAAAAAAUGGACUUGCAAGAUGUUUCUUUAGGACUUGGUGACACUUCUUGGAGACUGCCAUCAUGUAACUACAUUUUGAUGCGAGCCUCUCAAGCAGCUUCAGAAUUUGGAAAAGAAGAUAAAAGUUAUUUGCGACUUUCUCUUGGUCAGUUCUUCAGUCAAAGAUCUGAGGCUCUUGGAUGCCUAGGUGGAGGAGAUGGUGUGAAGCGGCCAUCCUUUGGUUAUCGCAUAGUGUCUCCAGAGAAACGAGCUCCUGUUGCACUCAUUAGGCCUUCAGACAUUUCUUACCCUUCCAGCACCGACUCAGACUAUCCGAGGGAUAACACCUUGUUGCCAGAAGAUUUGGAGGUGUUUGAAAAGGAAGAGUCGAAGAUUACUUCUGCUACAUUUCUUAUCCCAGAGUCCCCAUGCCUAACUUCAGCAAAGGGAAAAAAUGUGAAUGGAACUGAAGCUGAAGGUGGCAGUGCUGCUGUUAGUAAAGAUCAGAUUGCUGAGUCUGCUUUGGACUUGAAAACACUUUCCGCAAACAAGCCCUCUUCAACUGGUGAUUCUAUACUGAGUUUAAGUACUAUUGCUUCUGCCAUAAAUGAUGUUUCCGUUAAUACCAAUGUAUCCCAAGUAGUUGCUGUAUUUACGGAACUUAUUAAUAAAAAAAAGCAAUUAGCAUCAGAGGGUUAUGGGAAAAAUGAAGUUUUGGAUAGGCUGCAGUUGUCUGUGGCAGAAGCUUUACUGCAGACUAACUUGGAACAUACUAUGGAAAAAAAGGCUAAAGCAGAGUAUUUUGAUGCUGUAUUAAGGGGAGAGAUCCCUCAUUUAAAUUCAUCAGAGGUGAUGGGGAUGUCAGCUGCUUUGCAGGCACACUCUGGUCAAGAUUAUUAUAAUAAAGAAAAGGCUAAAGAAUUAUCCCACGCUAUUGAUUUGCAUCUCAAACACAGAGACUUCAGUGGCAGAAAUGAUGCCCCUCAAGAGACUGUAAUAGGUUCCGCUGCUUGCUAUGGUGGGCUGUCCAUCGGUGAAAGACGUGAAGUUGUUAUUGCUAAAGGAAAGGCAGCAGUAGCGACUCAUAAAGUGGCAAAUGUAGAUGAAAGAGUUGGUGAUGGAGCCAGAAGUGGUUACAUGAAGGGUAAGCGUUCUGUCCCAAGUUUGUUUGGCACACAAGUGAAAGAAAGCAAGGCUGGCAUGAAAGGGCCCUGCCUAUCGGAGAUGGCAACUUUUACUUGUGAAACUGAUGCUGAUAAAGAUGUGUCUAACAACAAGGAAAUCAGAAACACUCUCACUGAAAAUCCAAAGGAAUAUCCAAAAAGAAAAUCUGCUAAGGUCAAAGAAUUAUCUGGUGAAACAGUCAGCAGCACUGGAAGCAGUAUGCUUCCAGGCAUCGUGCCAGCAGGGGCAAAAAUGAUAUCACAUGGUCAUGAAAUUAAUAAUCCUGAAGAUAAUCAGUAUAGCUUCAGACCUUCUACUUCACCACUGAUACAUUCAUCUCCUAGCCAGACUUCUGGAAUUCCAGAAUCCACAAAGUCUUUGAGUGGGUCUCCAGUUUAUACUUCUACAUCUAUUCAAGAACUGGGGUGUAGUGAUGUUACAAGUUCAGAUUUCACAUAUUCCAGUGUGUGCCUCAGUACAGAGUCUUACAGUUCUUUCACAGAUGACACACUUCAAAAUAGUGCAACGAUACGCAGUCCUGAGAAGAUAGAGGGAUUGGAAAUGUUUUAUGAUAGCCUCAAUUCCAGUAGUAAAAUUGACAAGGGUAGGUUAAAUGUUCUUAACGACAUCAUGGAGAUUGUUUUGAAUAAUAAUUUCAUGAAGUUUGAAGGUCUUGCAGUAGUACCCGAAGAGCUAAACUUUGCCACUGCAUGCUGUGUUGGGAUUGCUGCUCAGACUUCACUCAGGAUACAUAAUCCAGUAGACCGCUGGCUGCAAGUUAGCAUUGGGAUCGUUGGGAUUUCUGUAAAUGGUGAGAAGCUUCUAGUUACUGUGGUUACAGUAACACAGAAAAUAACUCUGGGAGCUGUUUAUGCCCCAGAAACCUUUAAUAACACAGCACAAUUACAAAAUAAUGCUGAAUACUUCACAGUACAUUUUCAUCCUAGACUUCAUGAAGAGAAAUUUUUUGAGCUUCAUUAUUAA